GUGGAUCAUCCGAAUCAUCAGAAAGUGAAAGUUGUAACGAAAGUGGAGAUGAUAACAUCGCUGAUAAUACAAAUAAUCGUAAUUCUGGUAUUAUAGAUCAAGAGCUAAAUUUGGAAAUAUUCAAUAUUUUAGAAGAGCGUAAACAUUAUUUAAUAAAUAAUAUUAAACCAUACUCUGCGUCAAGUGAUAUUAAUCAUACAUCACAACAUAUUAAAACUUACAUUGACUACAAUAAUGCUCACCUUAUCGCACAAUAUUUGGCAACAAAACGGCCUUUUAGUCAGUCGUUUGAUGGUUAUCUUAAGAAAAUAAUAUUGGUCGUUAAUGAGCCCUCAAUAGCAGUAAGAACUCGUGCAAUGAAAUGCUUAGCAAAUAUAGUUGAAGUGGAUCCUUUUGUACUGAAAAGGAAAGAUAUGCAAAUGGGAGUUAAUCAGAAAUUUUUAGAUGCUGCAAUAUCUGUGCGUGAAGCUGCUGUAGAUUUAGUCGGAAAAUUUGUUCUAAGUAACGAAGAGUUAAUUGAUCAGUAUUAUGAUAUGUUGUCCACCAGAAUACUGGAUACUGGCGUAUCGGUGCGAAAACGUGUUAUUAAAAUUCUUCGUGAUAUAUGUAUAGAAUAUCCAGAUUUUAAGAAAAUACCGGAAAUAUGCGUCAAAAUGAUAAGAAGGGUCAAUGACGAAGAAGGAAUUCAAAAACUGGUUACUGAAGUAUUCAUGAAAAUGUGGUUUACACCAUGCAACAAAAAUGAUAAGCAUGGCAUCCUGCGAAAAAUCAAUCAAAUUAUCGAUGUUGUUAACACGGCACACGACACCGGGACAUCAUGGCUGGAAGGACUAUUAAACAGUAUUUUUCAACCAAAGGAAAAUAUGUUAAAAUUGGACGGAAAUAAUCAAGAUCCUGUUAAGAAAAAUACUGAACCUCCCCAAGAGAUUGUUCUUGCUUGUCAACAAUUAGCCGAUGGAUUGGUUGAACGUCUAAUUGAAUUGGAAGAUACAGAUAAUGAACGAAUGUUAGGCUGUAUUACAACGUUACAUUUGCUAGCCAAAGUUCGUCCGCAAUUAUUAGUAAGACACGCUAUAACCAUCGAACCAUAUCUUAAUAUAAAAUGCCACCCAUCAACUGCACCUAAAUUUAUAUGUGCUGUCGCAGAAAUUCUUGAAAAG